CGCCGAUUACAUACUCGGUAAUUACCAAGAGAGCCCACAGAAUAAGUUUAAAGCCCACCUUUGGUAUAAGUAUUGUAUUUUGAUCCUAGUUACUAUUCAUAGCAUUAAUCGGUUGCAUCAGGACUGAGCGAGUUGCUGUUGAGCCGGCGAAGGUGGUUCUCACUCACACAAUGAGUGAAGGGGUGAAACGCAGAGGUGGAAAGCCCAACCGUGGCGGAGGAAGAUUUAACAAGCCUACGUCUGGACGAGGUGGGGGGCGAGGAAGAGGGGGCAGAGGUGGAGGGAGCAGAGGUGGAGGGGGUAAGAAAAGUUUUUACAUGACACUUGGCUUAAUUCAAUACAUCACUUAUCCAGAAUUGUUUGUUUGUCGAGGCAGAGGGAGACCAAGCUUAGCUGGGGGUGGAGGUGAAGGCAGGAAGGCAGGGGCAUCAGCUGUGGCUGAGGGCUACUUGGGAGAUGCAACCUUCACUGACCUGGAUUAUGAUGUUGAUGAUGGCUUUGAUUUUAGACAACAACAUCAAUCUGCUGGGCCCAAAGCCGGAGGAGCACCCUCCUCUUAUGGGCGUGGAGGAAGUUCCACAUCUGGUGUUUCCCGUGGAUACAGGGGUGGCCAUGGCCGUGGUCAUCAUGGGAGGAAAGUACAGAUUCAACGACUGCACAUGACCAAUGAAAAUCAGGACAUGGUGCGAGACAUGCUCAAGAGCCUGCAAGGUGCAGACCUUGAUGAAGUUGACCCAGAGGAGUAUGAUGAGUUGGAUGUACGUAUGGAAGACCAGUACUGGCUGACAGACUCCAGGAUUGCUGUGCAGGAGUUGACAUCUUACUCAGGGACUGCACAAGUGAAUGUACUGGAUGAGGUGGGGCAGACUAGGCUGGAGAUCAACAGAAUGGCUCUUCAUAGACUACAGAGAUAUGGAUUUCAUGUGGACAGAUGUGUCAAGGCCCUGCAAGCAAACAAAGGAGACGUAGGUGCUUCCAUGGAGUUUCUCUACAACCAGUGCCUUACAGAAGAUGGCAUUAGAGUCUCAGAGAACAAAGAGUUAGAAGACCUGCCCAGCAUGGAUGAGGCUUUGGAACAAAGAAGGGAUGAGGCCGUGGCUCUUGAAUCUAUCUAUGAUGAAACCUUUAAAGAAAGGAUCUCUGACAAGCUCUGGGUCCUACAUCUGGACCUUCCACAUAUUAAACCUAUUUUAGAAGUCCUAGAAGAACAGAAGGAGGAGGGAAAAAGACCAAAAUAUAAGUUAACUGAGAGGAGCAAAGAUUCUGAAAAGAAGAGUGAAGACAUCUGUAAAUUCUAUCUGAAGGGUAACUGUAGAUUUGGUCGAAGGUGUCGGCAUAGUCAUGUCAAGCCUGAAGAAGAGAGACCUAAACACCUCAUACAGGAUCAAGAGGAUGAGGCCAGUAGCCAGAGCCCUUAUGAAGUAGAAAUACGCUUUCCAGCUCAAUGUCUAUAUCCCUACCAACCCCCAAUAGUUGCUUUCACCUCUAAUAGAAUUGACUUCCCAACAGCAGCAUGUUUGAACAUUUCCCUCAGGCUCAACCAGGAAGCACAAUCAUUGGCUGAAAGUCACUCUCCUGCUGUGUUCUCAUUGGUCAGUGUUUUGGAAGAUGAAGAUGAAAUGUGGAAACUGAUACUGGGGAAGCCUCAUAGGUUCAGUUUACAAGAGCCAGUCAUCUCAGCCAGGGGAGCCAGUAAGGGAUUAAGUACUGGCAAUGUGACGCCUCCAUCUGUGGAGGAUGAAGAGAGCAGUGACCUUCCUGAGGGGUCAUCUUCUGAAGAGGAGACAAAUGGAGAGGACGUCAAGACAGCUGUCGUUAGGAGCAACAAAUUCGUGAGACCUGUUAAGGACUUGCAUGUUGUGAGGAGUGAGAACAGAAAACUCAAAGACAGGUUCAAGAAAAAACAGACAACAUCAGCAUACAGGUCCAUGUUAGGGGAGAGGAAGAAGUUACCAGCAUGGAAUGAACAAGACAACAUUCUAAAGGCCCUGAAAGACAACCAAGUCUUGGUUGUCAGUGGCAUGACUGGAUGUGGGAAGACCACUCAAGUUCCCCAGUUCAUCCUGGAUGAUUACCUGGGCUCCAGUAAAGGCGGCCUGUGCAACAUCAUCUGCACACAGCCCCGCAGGAUCUCAGCUACAGCUGUGGCUGACAGGGUGGCGAACGAGAGGGUGGAACGGCUGGGUAAUGUGGUGGGGUACCAGAUCAGGCUGGAGAGCAAAAUGGUAAAUACUGUCUUCUUGUUCCUGAAUGACUUCCUGAUCAUGGUACUGAAGGACCUGCUGCCCAAGCGCCCUGACAUCCGUGUCAUACUCAUGAGUGCCACCCUUAAUGCUGACUUGUUCUCCAUGUACUUUGGCAACAGUCCUGUUAUAGAGAUACCAGGAAAAAUAUUUCCAGUAGACCAGUACUUUCUUGAAGAUGCAAUUGACUUCACAAGGUAUGUGGUGGAGGAAAACUCCCCAUAUGCACGCCUUUUGAAGCCCGGUGGUGGAGCAUCCAAGAUGAAGGUGUCUAGCAGGAGGGAGUUCUUCGAGGAUGUCACCGAGCAGCUGAAGAACCUGGAAGUUUCCGGUGUGAAACCUCCCAAGGACAGCACACCUGAUCAGAACCUGAACCUGCAGGAGAUGUUCUACAGAUACAAAGACCUACAUAAGUCAGUUGUGAAGACUCUGGCCACCAUGGAUUUUGAGAAGAUCAACAACGAUCUGAUGGAGGCUUUACUGGAGUGGAUUGUGAUGGGAGAUCAUCAGUACCCCAAGGAUGGAGCAGUGCUGGUGUUCCUGCCUGGUCUGGCAGAGAUAACCUCACUGUACGAGCAGCUGCAGAGCAGCUCUGUCUUUGGCUCCAGGAGCAAAAGGAAGUUCAACAUCAUCCCACUCCACUCAUCACUUUCGAGUGAAGACCAGCAGAAAGUCUUCUACAAACCCAAGGAGGGGACGACCAAGAUUGUGCUGUCCACUAACAUUGCUGAAACAUCCAUCACUAUUGAUGACGUGGUGUUUGUUAUUGAUGCUGGCAGGAUGAAGGAGAAAAGGUAUGACCACACCAAAGGCAUGGAGAGCCUUGAGGUGACGUGGGUAUCCAAGGCCAAUGCGCUACAGAGGAAGGGCCGGGCAGGCCGUGUGGCCUCGGGGGUGUGCUUCCAUCUCUUCACCUCCCACAGCUUUGACCACAUCUUCAGGGAGCAGCAGGUGCCAGAGAUCCAAAGAGCACCUCUGGAGCAGCUGUUACUUAGGAUUAAAAUUCUGGACAUCUUCAAAGAUCAAGAACUGCAGCAUGUUCUAUCUAGGACCCUGGAGCCACCCAAGCCCACGAACAUUGAGACUGCCAUUGCCAGGUUACAGGAUCUAGGAGCUCUGAAUAGGGACCAGGAGCUGACACCUCUCGGGUACCACCUGGCCCAGUUACCAGUAGAUGUCAGGAUAGGAAAGCUGAUGUUAUUUGGAGCCAUUUUCCGGUGCUUAGAUCCUGUCCUCACAAUAGCUGCCAGUCUAAGCUUCAGGUCACCCUUCGUGGCACCUUUUGACAAGCGGGAUGAGGCUGACAAGAAGAAGCAAGAGUUUGCAAUAGGAAACAGUGACCAUCUCACUCUACUCAAUGCAUACAAGGGUUGGACCACUUCUCUCAAACAUGGCUCAUAUGCUGGCUACAGAUAUUCCAUGGAAAACUUUUUGUCUAUAAAGACCCUUAAGGAGAUUGUCAGCAUGAAGCGACAGUUCACAGAGCUGCUGUCCAGUAUCGGCUUUGUGAAGGAGGGACUGACCGCCAGACUGAUAGAGAGGUCCAGCAACAGUAAUGACCCUGAUGGGAUCAUCACUGCAGCAGGAGAGGAGACAAACCUGAAUGCAAACAACCAACAGCUGGUAGCAGCUAUGAUGUGUGCAGCUCUGUACCCAAAUGUUGUACAGGUGCUGACACCAGAGUCCAAGUACAGCCUCACCAGUGCAGGGGCUGUUCCAAAAGCACCGAAACCAGAGGAACUCAGGUUCAAGACCAGAGAUGAUGGAUAUGUGUUUGUUCAUCCAUCUUCUGUCAACUUCCAAGUGAGACACUAUGAGAGCCCCUACCUGGUUUACCAUGAGAAAGUAAAAACUUCGAAGAUCUACAUCCGUGACUGCAGCAUGGUGUCUGUCUAUCCCCUGCUGCUGUUUGGUGGGGGGAACCUGCGCAUUGACCUGGAGGCUGGCAAUUUUGUCAUCUCCUUGGAUGAUGGCUGGAUCAGGUUCAUAGCUGCUUCUCAUGAGGUGGCUGAGUUGGUCCGUGAGCUACGACUGGAGCUGGAUCAGCUGCUGGCAGACAAGAUUGAGAACCCCAACAUGGACCUCUGUAACUGUCCCAGGGGAAGCCGCAUCAUUGACACCAUAGUUAAACUCAUUACCACACAGUAAGGGGUAGCAGCAACUAUCUAGUAAACCUUUUCUCAUUUUCUUAGCCUGAGUAGUGCCAAUUUAUAGAGACAUUGAAGAUGCUAUUAAAGGGGGGCUCAACCCCAAAAGCAGGUGCAAUUUUCUGAAAGACAUUUUUAUGAAUACAUUAUCAACCAAGUGUUCUAAAAUUUCUUCACAGAAUAACAAAAAUUCAACGUUUGUAAUCCAGCAAUACCACUUUGUUUUAUUAAGAAAAUAUUAUCUGUGCAUGCAGAACCAAAAAACUUUGAGUACCCCUUUAAGCAUAUGUAGCCAUGCUGUAAUUUGUAACAUGACAGUGUCAAGAAAAAGCUAGUGCAUUCCAAGUGUAUAUCUGAAAGGAAUCUGAUUUUGGGAGAGUUACAUUUUUUCUAGCAACAUGCUUUCCUGUAAAACUACAAAGCUUCCACCAUAUAUACUGUAUAAAUGUAUUGGCCUAUCUCUAUUACAAUUAACAACUUUGUGUCUUCCAAAUGUCACAAUAAAGUCACUUUAUGAAAUGUCAUGAUUGGAAAAGUUAUGUUGUGACCCUUUGCUUGUUAAGUAAUAACAUGGAAUACUCAUUAUUCACAUACAGCAAAUAAGAAAAAGAAGAGGAAUGAUCCUAACAACAGUAUAUUGUUGCAAGGCUGUAAGGGAGCUUGCUAUAAACUGUCAGGAGUGAUAUGAACAAUAUUGCUGUGGAAUCUUAAGUAAGGAAGCAAGAACAAGUGUAUCAUGUUGUCAAUAUGUGCAAUUUGUGUCAACUUCCAGAAAUGCUGCUUAACUUAAUGUGCCUUAUAAUGUUCCUAGUCAGAUUAUUAUACAUGUACAAAAAGAAAUUUAAUGGUACAAACUACAUAUGUCCUAUAUUGUAACGGUAAUGAUAAAUGACCUAACCAUACAUUAUCACAAUGUACAUCAUCCAGUUGUCAAUGCACUUCAAUGAAGCUCAGUACCUGGAUGUUUAGAUGUAGCAAAGUAUCAAAUAAAUCCAAUCAAGAAUAA